CGAUGUGGGUCACCUUUCACGUUGUCUCAUGGGGAUCGCGCGCCCACGCACAGCUGCUUGCCCGCCACGGCCCGCCGCGGCUGAGGGUCAACUCGGAUCACAGCAUGGCCGAUCCUGCCCGCUCGCUCCACGGCCUGCCGGAGUUUGUCUUUGUGCCCAAGGCUGCAUGGGUGCCAUCGGACGCACUCUUCGGCCUCAUCGAAGACUUUCUGCUCUCGCGCAAGCUCUCGGUCAUGCUCACCCGGCUCGGGCGCAAGCGGCGGGAGCUGCGGGCCCGCUUCCCGACCAAGGAAGCGCUUUUGGCUCGCGACAUCCGAGGCACGCCGUACCAAUCUGAAGACUGGUACAAUGUGUACAAGGCGACUGGCGCACGAAUCGCAGCCCGCGCUGGUGCCGUCUUGGACUCGCAGCUCCGCGCCCUGCAGUUUUUUGGGCGGUACUUUGCGUCGGGCGACCUCGCGGCAAACUUGCUUGCCAACAUCACCGUCCUCCCCCGGAUGGCGUUUAGCCAGGCUCGCGAUCUGGCUGCAGCUCUGGCUGCGGCAGUCUCGCGCAACCGCUGAGCGGCUCUAUUGGCCGCGACUGUACUGCACUGCGCAGACAGAGAGCGGCUGUUGAAGCAGCCGGCUACGCUCGCCCGCUCAUCGCCGACGACUCGUGCCACGCAGUCUCGAUCUCGGCCGGGGCGCGGCGGAGGAGAGCGGUGGUGGCAAUGACACUGGCGGCGGCGACGAUGCUCGAGCCCGGGAGAAUCGCGCUUGCGCCGAUGAGCGGGAGGGCGAGCCACACGCCAACGACGACGACAAGCGCCAGCUGCGCGACAAGGACCGAGCCGCGCACUCCAAUGCUGCGCGCGAGGCCGACGCCGCCGCGCAAUACCGCGAGCCAGGUGUCGACGACGGGCUCGAUGAGGUCGGCGACAGUCGCGGCGCCUGCCGUCGCGCCGUCCUUGGCCACGCUCGCGCCGGCAGCUAGCGGCGCCACGGCGCACGACGCCGCCCAUGCGGCGGUAGAGAGCAUGAGCACGAGCGCAGCCGGCCCG